AUGGGGGGAGGGAACGGCAUCGUCGACGGCUUCCGCCGCUUGUUCCACCGCCGCACGCCCUCCGGCUCCGUGCUCGGCAGCUCCAACCAGUCCUCCGCCGGCGAGGACUCCUCCGACGCCGAGGCCGCCGAGGACCUGGAUCUCGUGGGCCUCCGCCCCAUCCGCGUCCCCAAGCGCAAGAUGCCGCUCCCCGUCGAGAGCCACAAGAAGAACAUAAUGGAGAAAGAAUUCUUCACAGAGUAUGGAGAGGCAAGCCAGUACCAAAUCCAGGAAGUUGUUGGCAAGGGGAGUUAUGGAGUAGUUGCUGCUGCAAUAGAUACCCGCACCGGCGAGCGGGUUGCGAUUAAGAAGAUCAACGAUGUGUUUGAGCACGUCUCGGAUGCCACACGCAUCCUCCGCGAGGUCAAGCUCCUUCGGCUGCUACGUCAUCCAGACGUGGUGGAGAUCAAGCACAUAAUGCUCCCCCCUUCUCGGAGGGAGUUCCAAGAUAUAUAUGUUGUUUUCGAGCUCAUGGAGUCGGAUCUCCAUCAGGUCAUCAGAGCUAAUGAUGACCUCACGGCGGAGCAUUACCAGUUUUUCCUUUACCAGCUUCUCCGUGCUCUCAAGUACAUCCAUGGCGCUAAUGUAUUUCAUCGUGAUCUAAAGCCCAAGAAUAUACUGGCCAACGCAGACUGCAAACUGAAAAUUUGUGACUUUGGACUUGCGCGUGUAUCAUUUAAUGAUGCUCCUUCAGCUAUAUUUUGGACGGAUUAUGUAGCAACAAGGUGGUACAGAGCCCCUGAAUUAUGUGGCUCCUUUUUCUCGAAAUACACUCCUGCUAUUGAUAUUUGGAGUAUUGGAUGCAUAUUUGCCGAGCUUCUCACUGGACGGCCACUCUUUCCUGGGAAGAAUGUUGUACACCAGUUAGAUAUAAUAACAGAUCUUCUUGGAACUCCAUCAUCAGAAACCUUAUCUCGGAUUCGAAAUGAGAAGGCCAGGAGGUACUUAAGUUGCAUGCGGAAAAAACACCCUGUACCCUUGACUCAGAAAUUUCCUAAUGCCGAUCCAUUGGCGGUUCGCCUACUGGGUCGUUUACUUGCAUUUGAUCCUAAAGACCGGCCUUCAGCUGAAGAGGCUUUAGCAGACCCAUAUUUUGCAUCUCUUGCCAAUGUGGAGCGUGAGCCAUCAAGGCAUCCAAUUUCGAAACUCGAGUUUGAGUUUGAGAGACGAAAGGUUACAAAAGAUGAUGUUAGGGAAUUGAUCUAUCGAGAGAUUUUGGAGUACCAUCCACAGAUGCUGGAGGAAUACAUGAAAGGUGGAGACCAGAUUAGCUUCCUCUAUCCAAGUGGUGUUGACCGCUUUAAACGGCAGUUUGCACACCUGGAGGAGCAUUACAGCAAAGGAGAACGAGGUUCUCCGCUGCAAAGAAAGCAUGCCUCUUUACCAAGGCAGAGGGUAGGUGCAUCGAACGACGGUAAUAAUGAGCAGCAUAUUAGUGAUCAGGAGAUGAGUGCAGAGCCUGAUGCCCAUGGUGCAGUGAGCCCUCAAAAGUCACAGGAUGCACCCGGUGUUGGCCAGAAUGGUCUGAGCCCCACCAGCUUGAGCUCGCGGACCUACCUCAAGAGCGCGAGCAUUAGCGCUUCCAAGUGCGUCGUUGUCAACCCGAAUAAACAGCCAGAGUAUGACGACGCGAUCUCUGAGGAAACAGGAAGUCGGCACCGCAUUUCUCAUUUCUGUCAGGUACACCGGAUGCUGAUAGCUGAUAGCAAAGCACUGCAAGUUGGAGAUGGUUUAGCGGAGUGCAUGUUCCUGUCAAGCGUCGUUGCUGCACGCAGGAGCUGGCCCUGCAUGGAUUGA